UAAACAAUAGUUGUUCAUAGACAUGGAAGUUGGAACAAAAAUGGAGUCCAAGGAGAACAAAACAAGGCCAGAGUUAAGCAUCCCAAGCUUCCCUCUCGGUUCAACCGGCGAUCAACGUAUCCCCCUAUUAGGCUUCGGCACAGCUGAAUUCCCUUUCGGUGCUUCCAACGCCACCCUGAAACACACGAUCGUCGACGCCAUCCGACUCGGUUACCACCACUUCGACACGGCUGCGAUCUACCAGACCGAGCAGCCUCUAGGUGAAGCAGUCGCCGAUGCUCUUGGUCUGGGGCUAAUCAAGUCCCGAGAUGAACUCUUCAUCACUUCCAAGUUCUGGUGCAGCGAUGCUCACCGUGACCGUGUCGUCCCUGCUCUCCGCAAAACGCUCGAGAAUUUGAAGGUAGAGUAUCUUGAUCUGUAUCUUUUUCACUGGCCAUUAAGCUUGAAGCCUGGAAAAUAUGAGUUUCCGUUCGAGGAAGAAGACAUUGUUCCUCUUGAUCUAAACUCUGUGUGGGAAGCAAUGGAGGAAUGUAAAAAUCUUGGCCUAACCAAAUCUAUAGGGGUAAGCAAUUUAUCAUGCAAGAAGCUCCAGAUCAUCCUUUCCACUGCCAAAAUCCCACCUGCUGUGAACCAAGUGGAGAUGAACCCUAUGUGGCAACAGAAGAAACUGAGGGACUUUUGCAAGGAGAAGGGCAUAUUUGUGCAGGCUUACUCUCCGUUGGGGGCCAAUGGAACGGCGUGGGGAAGCGAUCGGUUGAUCGAAUCCGAGAUACUCAAAGAUAUUGCUCAAGCCAAGGGGAAAUCAGCUGCUCAGGUUUGCUUGAGAUGGGUGUAUGAACAAGGAGUAUGUGUAAUUGUGAAGAGCUUCAACAAGGAAAGGAUGAAACAAAACCUUGAAAUCUUCGAUUGGGAGCUCAGUGAUGAUGAUUUGCAUAAAAUUAGCCAACUUCCACAGUGCAAAGGAUAUGCAGCUGAACAUUUUCUGUCAGAUAAUGGUCCUUACAGGUCUGUUCAAGACUUCUGGGAUGGAGAGAUUUGAGUUCUUCGAUUCGAAAUA